UCCGUCAGUCGCGCCGCGCGCACCGAAGUCGCCGCUCUUCGCUAUACCGGUCCGUAGUCGAUAGCCAAAGUCGAUCGUCAGCAUUGCGUCCGCACCCGCCCUUAUCAAAACAUUCCCGCAUUGAGAUCGAUCUGCACGUCUCUACGCUAUUUGUGAUAACGCGUGCCGAUUCCCAGUGACGUCAUGACUACAAUGUAUUGUUUAUAGUGUUGUGUCUUACUGCUCGUGCACGGUAGUUACUGGAUUGUUGUUUAUUUGUUUUGUUUCAUUGAUAAGAAGCUAAAAUAUCAAGCGUCGCCUGCGCACGCCGCCGUCCGUCUGCUCCAUGAGCAUUCUUGGCAUGAGAGUAAGUAGUGCGUGCGGUGUGACGCGAUGGUUGCGUGAUCGGUCAUCAUGCGCCUCUUCCGUGGGCCGAAGCGCAGGGAAGUGACCGAGCCGCAGGCUGCCGCGACACCGUCUCCACGCCGAGACGUCGCCGCCGGGCCAGCCCCGCACGAUUUCACGCUCGUCACCGCACUCCCAGCCAUGGUCAUGGAGGAAGACGUGAAAGAGAUGAAAAAAGUUUUCGCAACGUGGGGUCGCCGUAUGGGAAAGAAACUAGAUAUGUUGAAAAAAGAGCCCAAAGAGGCAGAUGACAAUUCCUCUACAAAUGGGGAGUCAUCAGUGAUAACUGGGCAGUAUAAGAAAAAACAAAAUUGGAAAAUGGGUCGUAGUACUUCAGAUUCGGCAUCAUUAAAGAAAGAUAGUGAUACAGAAUCAAUAAGAAGUGGUUCAAGAGAUAGAUCGCCGAGUCCUUUUAAGUCUUUCUUCCAUAGAAUGGGUUCAACGGGUAUGUUAAACGCAUCAAAAACGCAAUCACUUAAUACACCUAAAACACCAGUCAAUUAUACAAAUGGACCAUCUUUAUAUCGGAGCUGUUCUACAUCUCAUUUGUCAACCUAUAUAAAAGCUGACGAUCCUUCAGAUGAUAUAGAUCUGCAAAAUACUAACAAUGAGAACAAAAACUCUCCAACUAAACAGAAAAAUAAUUUACUUUCGGAAGAAAAAUUUGCUAACUCCUCUGCUAAAGCUAUAAGUUGUGAUAAUAUACCUAAAUUAGAUGGUCAUCAAAAUAAUACUUCUAACAAAAAACCAAACUUUCCCUAUGCCUUUUUAAGGUCAAAGUUGUCUGUUUUGCCAGAAGAGAAUAGCAUUGCAUCUCAACAUAGAUCUAUUUCUAUGAGACAAAGCUUCUCGGAAAGAAUAGAUAGAAAAUCUCCAAAAUUUAGAAAAGAAAGAAUGUAUUUAAAUAAUUCACGAUCAGAAGAGAGGUACAGAAGCAGUGAUAACAUUUCCGUCCAUGAAAACAGCGUUUAUAACAAUAAUAAUUCUUCUCCGAGAAACGACCUUGAUUCAUCAAGAAAUUCUAUUCGAAGUAUAAACGAAUGCGAAGGAACACCUUACCCUUAUCGACGAAUAGAGGAUGUUCCAAGAAGAUCUUCUAUGAUUUCACAUCGACCACCGAUAGAUUAUGACCCGAUGCUAAUUCCACGAAAUAGAAAUAGUCUUCCUGUUUAUGAAUACAAUUCUAUUCUUGGUUCUGCUCAAGAGUUGGCCUCAUCGACUCAAAGUAUACAUCGCGAAAUUCUACAAGCCCACCGACUAAGUAAUUAUAUCAGUUCAAAUGAAUCUGGAUAUGACAGUGAUGGACGGCCGACUGAUGAAUAUAGUAAUCACUCUCCCCCAGGAUAUUCGAAUCAUUUAUCCAAUGGAUGUGGGACUAUUAACAGGGAUGGUAAUUAUGGAAAUUUUUCCAGACAAUUAAGUCUCAACCAUAAAAUAAAUGUAAGCAGAGUUCAAGUGCCUGCUAGAAGAAGUUCAACACCUUGUGCUCUUUUCCCCAUUGAUAAAAGUCAUUCUUAUGAAUUUGAAACUGACGGUGAAGCAACUACUAAAUAUACGAAGAAUAUUUCAAAUCAACAAAUAACCAUUGACUAUAGUGAUGCUAAACCUCCUCCUUUACCAAAAAAGAAUGUCUCUAAAAAGAUGCCCUUCGUUUAUAAAACGAUAACUUUAGAUGAACGAGUCCAAACAAGAAAAAUUAACUUUUUACAAUCGCAAUUAGUCUCCUUCGAACAUUCAUCAACUCCAAAUUUAUGUGAAAAUAAUUCCUCAGAUAAUGAGUCUGAGAUUAACAGAAUUUUAGAGAAGGACAUACUCGGUAGAGGUCCGUGUACAAAACGUUUUAGAAAAAUAAGGCUUAUCAAAACACGAUUAGACGAAAGCUUGGGAGUAUACCUAGCCCAACAUAGAGUGGACUUUGAUAAAAGUGGCUCAAAUUUCGAAAUCCGCUACAUCGUAGUUAAACUUGAUUUUGAUGGUAUAGCCCAUAGAGAUGGUCGACUUCGAAUAGGAGAUGAAAUAGUUAGUGUAAAUAAUAAAGUACUAAGAGGCUUGUCAUCUCUGAAGGAAGUUCAACAUAUUGUUAAUUCCUGUUCAACGGAAGCUGCUCAUGAAGAAGGGGCACUAUUUCAAAGAUAUCAAGUUGAUUUGGUGAUGGCCCACGAUGAGAUUAAUCCAAUCACAUUGAGUCGCAUCAUUAACAAUCAUCCAAAUGAAAAUCCUUCGUUCCAAAAUAAUGCCGCUAAUGUUCCACCUGACAUAAUUUCACAAACAAUACACAAACCGACACCUUCCAAUCAAAUUACUAUUGAAACUCAUUUUCCAAGUGAAAAUAAAUUUUACGUCCAUAAUGGUUUGGAUAACAGACAAUCGCAACAUUAUGAAAAUGAAUCCAAACAAAAAUGUGAAGUUCAAGUUAAUAAUAGGCAAUCGUUAUCAAAUCAAAAAAGUGACGAUGAAAAAUUACUAGAACGAAAUUGUUUUACGCCUUUGCACCCAUCUUUACAAAACAUAACAAAUAUUGAAGUAUCUAUGCGUUCAUCGCCAAGUCCCAGAAAUAAUCCAAACUAUCGACCUAUAUCUCUUCAUAGUACGAAGCCACAACCAGUGACAACAUGUAACGAAAACGAAUCAAAUGAAAUAAAGGAAAAUUCAUCUCACUAUAUAAAAAAUGUACCAAGACUGUAUCAAAAUAGAUCCUUCGAAAGCAUACCAGAACAACUCAGAAGUAGCAGCCGCAGUCGAUAUUUUAGCAGAGUGGGAUCGCAACGAUGUUCUCCUAAUUAUGGUAAUCAUGUAUCCCGUCAGCAAGAAUAUAAACCUGUCAUUCAUCAAGACACUCCACAAUAUUCAAAUAAUACAGUACACAAAGUAGAGUUUUGGAAAGGUCCUGGCCAUAAAAGCCUCGGAUUUAGUAUCGUCGGAGGGACUGAUUCACCAAAGGGCCAAAUGGGUAUUUUUGUCAAAACCGUUUUCCCUAACGGACAAGCUGCUGAUAAAGGAACCGUGUAUGAAGGCGAUGAAAUAUUAUCAGUAAACAACGUGGCAACACGGGGUUUAAGUCACGCCGGAGCAAUAACACUUUUUAAACAAGUUAAAGAAGGAAAAAUUGAACUGACGCUUUCACGAAGAAGAGCUCCUAGGUCAAGAUCUGUUGAGCCUCUUGGGAUAUUUCGGGGCGAUACUAAAUGAUUCGAUGUUCAAGAAACCGACACCUCCAAAGAAACUUACUGUUAUUAAGUGCAAUAAUAUUCAUUUUAUCGUUAAGCCAAAGGCGUCACAUUAAUUUAAAUUAGUUAUUACGUAAAUUUCCUGAGUAAAAUAGAAAUAGUCUGUCAUAAAUAUUGUUACUAUCCGGUUUUUCUUGUUAUUAGGAAGUUAGUGGACUUCAAUUAUAAACAGAUCAUAAUUUAAUUUAAUAUUGAUAUGUUAUUAUACCUUAAGUAUUUUCAGUGACAUUGGACGGCUAUUUCUAUAAUACCGGGCUAUGUUCGUUACAUGUUAUAAAGUACGUAGUACUACGCUAUUCUUAUUCGUUGCUGCAACGACUAGCUUCAUUAUGAUGUUAUGUUUUGUAGAUACUUUUAAGUAUUUAGUAGUUAUAUCCUUCAUUUAUACAAUGAACUAUAACAUGCUUUACUCAUACUAUGAUCAUGCAUUAAAAUAUAUUAAGCUUUAGUAUUAACAUUAGCCUUAUAAACUGUGAAUAGAAGACUGUAUGUAAUAUUUAUGUCUAAGAAACAUUAUAUAAUCCAAGUAGUAAAAAGUUCUUCUCAGAUUAAUAAUGUAUAUCAAUAGAAUUGCUAGAUCUCGAUAUUUCCAUUUUGUGUAUAUUUUUCUUAAUAUUAUUUUGAAGAAUCGAUCAUUUUACACUUAGGCCUCAUUUUACACAUAUUAUAGACUGAUUAAUAAAAUUUGCUAAUGUUUGUACCUACAAAUACUGCCAAAGUUUUAGUCAUAAUGUGAGUAAUAUUUAAAUCCUUAUUCUGUAAGAAAAAAAUCACCAUACAGGUUAAAAAUGCUACGUCUACUUAGCUCUUAAUCUUUCGUAGUAGUUAUUUUUAACAAAAAUGUAUUCAAAAAAAUCUUAGACACACAGAGCGUGAUUGUACCUAAACAUCAUUAUUAUCAAGCCAGCAAUACAAGACUGAUUUGUAAAAUUGUUCAUCGUUUUUCGAUGUGGCAGCUACAUUAUACAUAAUACAACGAUAAAAGAUUGUGUAUUAAAUUUUAUUAAUAUAUAAAUAAAUGAAACUAAAUGAAAUGACAAAACCGAAAAUUAUCUUAAAUAGCAUAGAUAAAUUAAACGAAGCAUUGCCUUGAUCGUGUCUAGUAUGAUAAACUUGUAGUAUACAGCAAAUAUUUCAAUGAAAUUUUAGUGGAUCGAGUGUCACACAGCCUCAAAUAUAUCAGUAAUUAGUAAUUUUAAUAUAGAAUUUGAACUAGUAAGAUCUAGAUUAGAUGUGAACAAAAUAAAAAAAUAGAUCGUCAAAAAUUUAAUUUCUGUAGACAUUACACGGUCUAGAAUUUUAAUACAGACGAAAAAGAAACAAACACCUACUCGAGCCACUAAAACUUACGAAACAAAUUCAGCGAAGCAGCUCCGUCCAUUGAAUUGUUAUCGUCAAUUAAUUCCAAGUCUCUAACUACUCGAAAGUUACAGAUAGUUUUGUAAAAAGCCAUUCAUUAAUCUCAGACGCUGAACAAAACCAACUCCUGGUUACUAUGAUGUCUUAAAGCAGUAUUAUUGCCAGUGUGGGAAAGUGAUGGCGCUAUACAACCUAGAUAGCUCUACCUUGUUUCCACAUUGGAAUCAAUACUACUUUAAAACAUCGUUGUAUCCCUGUUGUGUGAUUCUAUAUAUAUUAUAUUGUAAAGUAUGCAAUGCAGUAUUGUUAAAGUUUAAUUAAUGGAAUUGUAAAUAAUUUAUUGCAAUACCUCUGGAUGCUUCCGUAUCUUUAAUGAAAAUAAAUAUCGUUUUAAAAUA